UGUCACUGGGGCGCAUAAACAACGGAGCAAAGUGGGACAGAGCCAGUCGCAGCGAGAAGCUUCGGCGAGAAUCCUCAGAGGCACAGAAACCCUCAAACGUCGAGGACACUCCCAGGUGUCUCCAGGCUCCAGAGACUUUUCCGUCUGCUGAGUUCUUCAUCUGUGUAACCUGUAGCUCAAGCUGAGAUUUUUAAUUUUUUUUAUCCCAGACGAAGCGAUUUUUAACACUUAUGAGAGCAGGCAUAAUUGAAUCAGCAGAAAAAGAGUGAAACAAACAUGGCCCAAAUCACAGCAGAAGAGAUCGUCCGGCUCUUCCCAAAGAUGACCAUGAGCAUGGCAGAUGAGAAGGUGCGGCUGAUGGCAGAGAAAGUGUACGCCUCUGCCCUGAAAGAGGAAGACACCAAGGAUGCCAUGGCUAUGUUCAGCGUGCCCGAGGACUGUCCCAUCGGCCUCCACGAGGACAGGGAGAGAGAGAUGCAGAAGGAGCUGGCUGAGCAGCACUCUCAAGCGUCGGUUAAGCGGAAGAAGACGUUUUUGUUGAAGCGCUCCCAGUCCAUAUCUUUACAGCUUCCUGAAGACUACAAGGCCACUCCAUUGCCCACCCCAGGAGGGGAUGACCCCUUUCUUUCAGAGGGCUUAGACUUUCAGAGAGUUACCAUCAGUGGAGAUUACUGUGCAGGGGUCACAGUUGAGGAUUAUGAACAAGCAGCAAAGAGUCUCUUUACGGCUCUAAUCAUCCGAGAGAAAUACUCCAGGCUGGCCUACCACCACUUCCCAAGAACCACUGCUCAGUACCUACGCAAUGCGCAGGACCUGACGUGGAGCGAGGAGGAUGAGGUCCAGCCAGAGAUCUUGCCUUACCCUCGUGAAGGAGAAGAUCCAUACUCCAUGGAAGGUAUUCCUGAGAACCUGAACUAUGAGCUGAAGAUGAAGGAGGGCAUAGUUAAUGUCUAUGCCAACACUGAGAACCUGAAGCAGGAGCAGCCCCUGAGACUCCCCUAUCCUGACCUUGAGACCUUCACCAUCGAUCUGAGCCACGUACUUGCAAUGUUAGCGGAUGGGCCGACGAAAACCUACUGUCACAGGCGGCUCAAUUUCUUGGAAUCUAAAUUCCACCUCCACGAAAUGCUGAAUGAGAUGGCAGAGAUGAAAGAGCUGAAAGGCGUCCCACACAGAGAUUUCUACAAUGUCAGAAAGGUGGACACACAUAUACAUGCUGCCGCCUGCAUGAACCAGAGGCAUCUGCUGAAAUUCAUAAAGAUGUCAUACCACACAGAGGCAGAUCGUGUAGUCUUGGAAAAAGGCAACCAGAAGAUGACUCUCAAGGAAGUCUUCAAAAAGCUCAACAUGGACCCCUAUGACCUCACUGUGGAUUCACUGGACGUGCAUGCUGGAAGACAAACGUUCCACCGCUUUGACAAGUUCAACUCCAAGUACAAUCCAGUGGGAGCCAGCGAACUGCGAGAGAUUUACUUGAAAACGGACAACUACAUCAACGGAGAGUACUUUGCACGUCUAGUCAAGGAAGUCGCUGGGGAGCUGGAAGAGAGCAAGUAUCAGAUCGCAGAGCCCCGCCUGUCUAUUUACGGCCGAUCUUACGGCGAAUGGGAAAACCUUGCGAGCUGGUUCAUACAGCAUAAGGUCCACUCCCCCAACAUGAGAUGGAUGAUCCAGGUUCCAAGGAUCUAUGACAUCUUCAAGUCAAAGAAGCUGGUACCAAACUUUGCCAAGAUGCUCGAGAAUGUUUUCCUUCCACUUUUCGAGGCUACCAUCAACCCACAGAAGCACAAAAAGACCUACGUGUUCCUAAAAUAUGUGACAGGGUUUGAUAGCGUGGACGACGAGUCCAAACACAGCGAUCACAUGUUCUCUUACAAAAGCCCAAAGCCUGAGGAGUGGACCGCCGACGACAACCCUCCGUACACCUAUUACCUCUUCUAUAUGUACGCCAACAUCAUGGUGCUCAACACCCUGCGCAAGGAGCGAGGUCUGAACACCUUCCAGUUCCGCCCCCAUUGUGGGGAGGCGGGCUCCAUCACCCACUUGGUCUCUGCCUUCCUGACAGCGGACAACAUCUCCCAUGGACUGAACCUCAAGAAGAGUCCAGUGUUGCAGUACCUGUACUACCUGGCGCAGGUCCCCAUUGCCAUGUCCCCGCUGAGCAACAACAGCCUUUUCCUGCAGUACUCCAAGAACCCACUGCGAGAGUUUCUGCACAAAGGCUUGUGUGUGUCGCUGUCCACUGAUGACCCCAUGCAGUUCCACUACACCAAGGAAGCCCUGAUGGAGGAGUACGCCAUAGCAGCCCAGCUGUGGAAGCUGAGCACCUGCGACCUGUGUGAGAUCGCCAGGAACAGCGUCCUGCAGAGCGGCCUCUCACACCAGGAGAAGAAACACUUUCUUGGUUCCAACUACCUACAAGACGGACCAGAGGGCAACGACAUCCGGAGGACCAACGUGGCUCAGAUCCGCUUGGCCUACCGCUACGAGACUCUGCGCAACGAGCUGAGUUUUCUGGUGGACGCCGUGAAGGCAGAGGCUCUGAAUCCAGCGGGGUUGUAGACCCGAGUCCAAACCCUGGAUGUGUCUUCAGAGAUGAUAGGACGCAGACGGGACAGCACAUAAAAAAAAAAAAAAAAUCUGUUUAUUUGUUCUAUGAAUGUUGGGGGAAAAUGGAGUGCUUGUAGAGUGUCUGGAGACAGAGUGCAGACAUUUUUAGCCUGCAUGAGGAUUUUAUACCCACGCUGAUGUCACUGGUUCGUGUGCCUCUUUUCACCAGAAUCGGGGGGGGGGGGGGGGUUUAGUACUUUUGUGCAAUUUUCUUAGAGCAACUUGUCUUUAUGAUUUCUUAUGAAUUUAGAUUCGGUUAAAAGGGGAAAAUGUUCUUUUCUGUCAAAGAAUGAAGUUUCACAAUGUUGCAUAGAUUUUACUAAAGUCUCAGGGAUUCACUGAGCAUCAAAGCAUAUUUUUGACUGCAUUAAAUGUAAAUUGAUGAAUUGUUUUUAAAAAUGUUUGAAAUAUGUUUUCCGCAACUUCAGUAAAGGCUGUAAGAAAAUGAA